ACGCCGACUAUUCUUCAACCAGCCACGAAAGUACGUGGAGCGUGCGGACUGCAGAGCAGACAAAUAUAUUAGUGUUAAGUAAUUUAUUAAGUUCACAAAUCACAAAAUGAGGGAAAUCGUACACAUCCAGGCCGGACAGUGCGGAAACCAGAUCGGCGCCAAGUUCUGGGAAAUAAUCUCCGAUGAGCACGGCAUCGACCCCACCGGCGCCUACCACGGCGACUCGGACCUGCAGCUGGAGCGCAUCAACGUGUACUACAACGAGGCGUCCGGCGGCAAGUAUGUGCCCCGCGCCAUCCUGGUCGACUUGGAGCCCGGCACCAUGGACUCCGUGCGCUCGGGGCCUUUCGGACAGAUCUUCCGCCCGGACAACUUCGUGUUCGGGCAGUCGGGCGCCGGCAACAACUGGGCCAAGGGCCACUACACGGAGGGCGCCGAGCUCGUGGACUCGGUCCUGGACGUGGUGCGCAAGGAGGCCGAGUCGUGCGACUGUCUGCAGGGCUUCCAGCUCACGCACUCGCUGGGCGGCGGCACGGGAUCCGGCAUGGGCACGCUGCUCAUCUCCAAGAUCAGAGAAGAGUACCCCGACAGAAUCAUGAACACCUACUCCGUCGUCCCCUCGCCCAAAGUGUCAGACACAGUCGUGGAACCUUACAACGCAACACUCUCAGUCCAUCAACUAGUCGAAAACACAGAUGAAACUUACUGCAUAGACAACGAGGCUCUCUACGACAUCUGCUUCCGCACGCUGAAACUGUCCACCCCCACGUACGGCGACCUCAACCACCUGGUGUCGCUCACAAUGUCCGGCGUCACCACCUGCCUCAGGUUCCCCGGCCAGCUGAAUGCGGAUCUCCGCAAACUGGCCGUCAACAUGGUCCCGUUCCCGCGGUUGCACUUCUUCAUGCCCGGGUUCGCGCCACUCACGUCUCGCGGCAGCCAACAGUACCGCGCGCUCACGGUGCCCGAGCUCACGCAGCAGAUGUUCGACGCCAAGAACAUGAUGGCCGCCUGCGACCCGCGCCACGGCCGCUACCUCACCGUGGCCGCCAUCUUCCGCGGCCGCAUGUCCAUGAAGGAAGUGGACGAGCAGAUGCUCAACAUCCAGAACAAGAACUCGUCCUACUUCGUGGAAUGGAUCCCCAACAACGUGAAGACCGCCGUGUGCGACAUCCCGCCCCGCGGACUCAAGAUGGCCGCCACCUUCAUCGGCAACUCCACCGCCAUCCAGGAGCUGUUCAAGCGCAUCUCGGAGCAGUUCACGGCCAUGUUCAGGCGCAAGGCGUUCUUGCAUUGGUACACCGGCGAGGGCAUGGACGAGAUGGAGUUCACGGAGGCCGAGAGCAACAUGAACGACCUGGUGUCCGAGUACCAGCAGUACCAGGAGGCCACCGCCGACGAGGACGCAGAGUUCGACGAGGAGCAGGAGCAGGAGAUUGAGGAGAACUAAGCGCUUCGGCUCGUCGCGUCCUCGUCUCACUGACUUCUUUACUCUUCUCGGAUCUUAUAUAUUUUGCUUCUGUAGUUUUAUAUGAUCUUUUAACUAUUUAUUUGAACAACUACCUGAUCAUAGUUCUACAAUAGAGGACGUUCGUGUCGCAUUACGAUAGGUAUUUACAUUCCCAGUGUCGGACGGAAGGGCGCCCUCUGGAAUGUUUAUUGCGAAAUAAACAGAGUCGCUCAGACGCGGCCCCUUCCCUGAACCGCGGCGGUGCUGUGAACUUCACUGAUGACACAAAAGAAGAUCUUUUGUUUGAUAAGGCUGAAAAUGAUUUUUUAAUACCUAAGUUAAUUUUUAAUCUUUUGUAACCAGUGUGAGAGUUUACGUAAGCUUUUUGAAACUAAAAGCUAAUAAUUAUGUCGUACAAUUUUUCGAAGUUGAUCAAAGUUUUAAAAUAAUAUUAUUACUUAUAAUAUUUCCAGCUGGUGAAUAAUAAACUUCAGUAAUUUUA